AUGCGCUACACCACGGCCCUCACGACCCUCCUCCUCCCGCUGCUCGCCAGCGCGGCCCCGGCCCCCAACGCCGAUGCCACCGUCCCCGUCUCGACCACCUCCCCGCUGGCCGACGACGUGCCGGGCAUCUCCAACGCGACCGAGGCCGACAGCGGCAUGAGCAUCAUGGACAGCUGCUGGGGCUCGCACGACAUCCAGCGCAGCGACGUCAACAACCUCAAGAACUGGCUGCUGAGCAACGACCCGGAGGCGAGAACCUACCUCGCCCGCCGCACCUCGAGCUCCUGGAGCCUCGGCACCGCCCGCAUCACCCUCAACAACGACUACUUCUUCGAGGACACCUCGGUCAAGCGGUUCGAGUUUGGCUGGGCCCUCGGGUGGAUUGCUGACAACUGCUGCAGUGGGAACCUCUGCAUGGCUGGCGAUGCUACUGCCUCUGGUGUCAAUGGCUUGCAUCUCAGGGCUGUUAUGAACAAGUUCUGA